GUAGCGAGGGUCUCGGCCUUUCAGGUUAUACGAGCACAAUGGGAAACCUCGACAAUUCUCCUCAAAACAUCGUUUAGGAAGCCUACAUUUAUUUCUCUGUGGGCAUGAUCAAACUUGGCUGGCGUACGGAAUAGAAAGAAAAUGACACUCUGGAAACACAACCUCAAGGGAAGGCCCUUGAUCUUCGCUGUCACGGCGGCAUCGUGUCAAGCGUUCUUGCUACUUGGAUAUGACCAAGGUGUGAUGGCUGGUAUCAUUGGUGCCGACAAUCGCUUCGGACAAGAUUUCGGUAAUCCGGACGCCGAUAUGCAGGGCAACAUCACCGCGUUAUAUGACAUAGGGUGCGUGCUCGGCUCGAUAAUCUGCUAUUUUGUGGGCGAGCGGCUCGGACGACGUACAAUGCUCAUGCUGGGCGGUUUCAUCAUGAUCAUCGGCUCCGCAAUCCUGGGCUCAUCGUUCUCGAUCGCACAGCUGAUCGUCGGCCGGAUUGUGACUGGAGUAGGCAACGGCAUGAACUCGUCAACCGCACCCGUGUACCAAAGCGAAUGCUCCCCGGCACGGAUUCGCGGUGCUCUACUUACCCUUCAAGGCACCGUCACCAUACUGGGUGUGGUAAUCGCAUACUGGACCGACUAUGGUACCGCAUCAUACACUAGCUCAUUACAAUGGCGUUUCCCACUUGCAUUCCAGGCUGUCUUCGCAGUGUGCCUCAUCCUGCAGAUUGUCGGACUGCCAGAAACUCCGCGAUGGCUUGUUGCGCACGACAGACAUGAGGAGGCUCGGUCCGUCAUUGCGGCCAUUACAGAUGUUUCAGAGGACGAUCCGCAAGUGUCUCGCACUCUCCUCGAUAUACAAUCCGGUCUAGAAGAAGAGCACAAGGGUGGGCCAUUCAAGUUCAAGGAGUUACUUUCGUGGGGUCCGGAACAAAAUCUACGACGAAUGUUGUUGACGAUUUCGGUACAACUCGGCCAACAGUUUAGCGGAUCGAACAUGAUCAACUACUACCUCCCAACCAUCUUCGCUGACAGCAUGAAGCUAGACAGACAACUGUCGUUGGUUCUUGGCGGGUGCGCACAGAUUACGUUUCUAGUUGGCUCAGCGAUCCCGGUGUUUCUGAUGGACCGCUAUGGGCGGCGCAAUCUGUUGAUGUUCUGCUCGGCUGGACUGUGCUUCUGUUUCGUGAUGGUAACGAUAUUGUUAUCAUUGGGUACUACGGGCCCUGCAUACGCCGCCACUGCAUUCAUCUUUCUGUUUCAAUUGUUCUACGGUAUCGGUUGGCUACCUGUUCCUUGGUUCUACCCGAGUGAAAUCAACACCACGAGAGUCCGGGCUAGAAUGCAGUCCAUCGCUUCAGGUUGGAACUGGAUGGCUGUCUUUGCUGUCGUGAAGAUCACCCCGAUAGCUUUCCAGAACAUCCAAUGGAAGACGUUUAUUAUCUUCGCGGUCCUAAACGCCGCCUUUAUUCCAAUGGUAUACUUCUUUUAUCCCGAGACCAAAGGGUUGGAGCUCGAAGAUAUCCCGCUGCUAUUCCACAAGGGUGGGAUUACCGGCGGCGUUUUUAGUUCGAGGGGCAGAACAGUCGUUCCCGGCCAGCAUGCGCAGGAGGCCCACGUGGACGCAAAGCGUGAGGGGAUGAUGGAGGAAGUCGAGGCAGUUGUUUGAGAGUUAUGGAUUGGCGAAAUCCUUGAUACAUCGGCUACCAUCAACACUAGGCCUCUGAGCUACCAGUUUCUGAUACCAGAUUCACAUACUCCAACUUCCCUUUACCACUCUUGAUGCGACUUUGUAUGUUCUCUGUCGUGCUUCGCUUUCAAGAAUAGGAUGACUAGUAAAUUGAAUUGAACUUGGGCGAACGACUUUUGCUAUUACUGCGUUUAACUGAAGACAAGCACGCGCGCAGAACGAUGCCGCUGAAUAAAUCUAUCGCGUAGAUGGAUCAAUGUGUAAACAUAUUCACUUAUAUACAAGAUAAAUGA